AUGGGGUGGAAAACCAAGCGCCAAGCGCUUGCUCACAGCUGCGCUGACAGGCCACGACUCUGCAACGCACUUUCCACAUCUUUCCACUGGAACUGCCCCGGAAAGUGCUUCGGGACUCCCGCCAGCCCGCAGCAGCAGAUCGGGGCAUGCGCCCGCUGUGUUGCUCACCCAAGCAUCAGAACGCCCGAGAACUGCUUGAUCUUGUGGAUCAGCUUGCCGCCUGCCAAUUUCCCUUCCGCUCACAUCCAAAUCAGGAUGCCAAUGCUGGCACCUGCUUCCAAAUUGCUUGGUCGCGUGACUACAUGCCCAAGGAGAUGUGGAAGGAUGUACUCGCGAAUCCCGAGGCUGAGCUCCCGGGACUACAAAAAAGCAUUGUUGGAUGGCUUCUUGACUACUGCUGAGAUCAAUGAUGGCACGUUCCCGGCUCUACGAGUUACGCCAGUUAUGUGUCCUCCGCAAGGACACGGAACCGAUGCGCCUGACAAGUGUCCGGGGCAGGGAAGGGCUCCGUCGAGGAAGUUCAGAAGCAAGCGCGCAAGGAACACCCAAGGCCGUGUGGACUUUCGAAAGAAGAGAGAUGAAUUCUCCGACGAGCUAGGCCGUCUGGAGAAUCUUGGCGAGAGCUACAACAGUCUUUGGCGGCAACUGAACAAUGUGGCCCCGUGUUUUUCUGUUGCUGGCCAUGUACAGUACAAAAACGUACCAAGCCAAAAAGACAUAUCGAAAUGUACCGACCUCCUACAAUCUUUAGGUCAACUUUAG